AUGGCGCAGACCAAGGAGAAGGAGAAGAAAAACAUGCACACCAUCACGCAAGAGCUGUUACUGAAAGAGGAGCAGAUGGUAGAGAAAAUUGCAGAUUUUACAAAAGUAAUUAGGAGCUGGGAGCAUGACCGAGCAGCAGGCCUGCAGCUGGCAAAAAUGGAGGACAUCAGUUUUGCAAAGAUCAAACAGAGGCAGCAGGCAGAAAUUAAAGAAGAGCUGUACCAGGCGAACAAACAGCUGAUGACGGUUCGACGGGAAGCCUUGCGUCAUCGCCUAAGCAUUGAGCAUCUGCAAUACCAGCUGGAAUUGAACCACCUGGGCAAGUCGUUCUACACUGAGCGGCUGUGA